AUGGAGGCCAGCAGCGCGCCAAUUCCGAUGCUGGGCAGCCACCAGGGACGGCUGAGCAGCGAUGGCGCCCCGCAAGGCGACUGGACCACCGUCCGGAAGGGGCGGCGGCAGCGGCGCAAGGCGGCGGGGCACGUGUUGCUGGCGGCGUCAGAUUUCGAGGGCAGCAGCUCUGGCUGCGCCACGCCUGCGGAGGAUGAGCAGCCGCAGGAUUUGCUGUCCUCCAGCCUACCCUCGCCGCAAAAGGCCUCCAGCCUACCCCAGCCAGGGCUGCUGGCACAGGCCGUGGAGCGCGCGGGCAGCACACCACUGACCAGCCCCCGAAAAGUAGCCAGCCCCCACCAGCUGGCGAGCCCCCGACAGCCGGACAGCCUGGUGGAUCGCCAGGAGGGGCUGGCGAUGCCACGGGAGGAGAGCCUGAGCCAGUCAGCGCUGGAUCUUCACAGCCUGGGCAAGGCGCCGCUGCGCAGCUCCAAGAGUGAUAUCGCCUCCCUCACCAUCUCCACCGCACGCCAGCACGACGGCGGCGGCCUGGGAGGGCUGGAGGGCAUCCCCGAGUCGGCUCGGGGCGGAGGAGGUGGAGGCGGAGCGGGCAGCGCCGCGGCAGCGGGGCAGCUGUGCCCAAACUUGCUGGGCUUUGCAGGUGUGGCAGCGGGGCCGCACCAGCCUUUUGCGGCCUACCUGGUGGCCGAGCUGCACCCGGGGCCCAGCUACCCCACGCCCGAUGUGGUGUGGGGCCAGACGGAGCGGGACCGCGUGUACAACGCGCUGGUGUCGGUGCCCUACCAGCUGGAGCGCUUCCUGCUGUUUGGAGUCGCCCUCUGCCUCGACUCAUUCCUGGCAAUCUUCACCCUGCUGCCGCUGCGGGUGGGAGUGGCGCUGCUUGCCGUGGGGCGCAGCCUGCUGGCUCACGCCAAAGCCAGUGGCGGCUGGAGCGGGGGCGGCGAGAGCGGCGGCAGGGCGGCGGGCUCGGAGCCGGCGGCGGAUCGCGUGCAGCGGUGGCAGGUGCCGCUGCGAGGUGACCAGCUGUUUGAUCUGCUGGUGGCGGCCAUGUCGCUGGGUGUGGUGCUGUUCCUGUGGAACCUCAACGCAGGCACUCUCUACUUCUGGAUGAAGGACCUCACCCAGGAGCUGCUGAAGCUGUCUGUGCUGUACACGGCGCUGGAGCUGAGCGACAAGAUCUGCUGCUCGUUUGGCGUGGACGUGAUGGAGGCGCUGGCCGCCAGCUGCACCCAGCUGGCGGCGGCCUGGGACCGGCGUGCCGCCUACAACGUCGCCUGCGAUGUGCUGGUAGCUAGCCUGCUGCUGCUGCUGCACGGCGCCACGCUCAUGAGCCAGGCCAUGGUGUUUGGCGUGGCCAUGAACUCCAAGAAGAACACGCUGGUGGCGCUGCUCAUCGCCGCCAACUUCACGGAGAUCAAAGGCAAGAGGCGCUGGCGUGGCCACGCGGUGUGCUGCACCGUGCUCAAGCGGUUUGAUGCCACCAAGCUCUACACGCUGGCCUGCCAGGACGUGGUGGAGCGCUUCCACCUGCUGCUGGUGCUGGCGUUUGUGGUGGUGGAGGAGAUGGGAAACAGCGGCUCACGAGCGCCCAACCCCACGCUGCUGGCCGGGUGUGCGCGCAUCUAUGCGGGAGAAAUGGUGAUUGACAUCAUCAAGCAUGCGGUGCUGGGCAAGUUCAAUGAGAUCAGGCCUGGCGUGUACCGCGAGUUCAUGCGUGACCUGUGCGACCGCGUGAGCGGCGCCCAGAGCCACAACAUUCACAAGCUGGUGGGGUUUGAGCCCUUUGCCCCCGCCGCCCUUUUCUUCCGCAUCGCCCUCACCGCCGCCGCGCUGCGUCAUGACGGCGGCCUGGCGGCGCUGCGCCCGCUGCAAGCGGCGGCGGUGGCGGCGAGCGCAGUGGGCCUGUGGGCGCUGCUGCUGCUGGCCAAGCUGGGUCUGGGGUAUGUGCUCAAGCUGGUGGCCAUAUCCUAUGUGGCGCACUACGAGGCGCGGCGGGCCAGCGGGCGCAUGCCGCUCCGGCGCGCCACGGCGCAGCAGCAGGCGGCGGCAAAGAAGGAGGAGUGA